AUGGAGAAUGUUUCAAAGGAGCCAAAAGAGGAUUCCAACGGCACAGCAACAGCAAGUCCAGCUUAUGAAGUUCAAACAAAGUCAGCGGAGAUGGACAACCACAAAUUCAGUGACAAGGAAGCAGCCGGUAUCACCAGAAUUUCUCCAACCGGUGUAUCAGUAUCAGUUGGUGUGUGGACAUUAGUAUCCAUUUCGCUGGAGAGAUACUUCGCUAUCUGCAGACCCUUGCAUUCUCGUCAAUGGCAAACAAUUUCACAUGCUUACAAGGUCAUUCUAAUGGUAUGGCUGGGCUCUCUCUUGACAAUGAUACCGUCUUUGCUUCUAAGCCAGCUCAUUCCAAUCAGAAGUCCAGGAAAAUACAAAUGCCGCGAAGUAUGGCCUGACGUGGAUUCUGAAAGAGUUUUCAAUAUUUACCUAGAUGUAGUACUUUUGGUUAUCCCUCUUCUCAUCAUGAUCAUCGUAUACUCUCUGAUUGCUCGAAAACUUUGCACCGGCUCCAAACUGAACUUUUCUAUUGGAAAACGGAAUGAUCACAACGCAUCCAAUAACCCAGAAAAGCAAUACCUUGAUCCUCGGCCAUCUUCGAGCAAUGGAUUAAUGGGUCGCAAAGAUUACUCCUCCAAAUCCACUGCAGGCAGAUCCAGAACAAACAAGACUACUCUACGGAGCUCAUAUGAGAAGAACCAAGCUGCAAAAACUAGAGUUGUAAGAAUGCUCUUCGUGGUAGUUAUCGAAUUCUUUGUCUGCUGGACACCCCUCUACGUAGUUAACACAUGGGCUUUAUUUGAUGCCAAGACCGUAUACUCAUCACUUGGAUAUGUGGGAAUCUCUGUCAUACACUUACUGGCUUACAUUUCUUCAUGCUGCAAUCCUCUGACAUACUGCUUCAUGCACAAAAAAUAUCGACAAGGUUUUCUGGCGGUUAUAGGAUGCAAGAGAAAUAUGAGGUGGAAUUUUGGACGUCAGAGCAGCGAAAGAUCCGGAACUAUGAUCAGCGUGUUCAGCACUAGAGCAGGAUCUGUCAGAUCCGAAACAGUGGAUCGUGUAACAGUAAAUUCUGCCUGUUGAGAGCAAGAAAGGUGACUCAACUGUUAUUUUCCGGACGACAAGUUUUGACAUGAUAAUUAAGAUCUUUAUGUUUCCUGUACGGUACACUGAAUAUUAAUUCUCAGUUGUAAUGUGGAAUUAUGAUAUAAUUAAUGUUAAGUAUAAAGAACGUGUUCCAAGUAUUCCUCUUUUCCUUUCUGUUUAAUAUGAACUUUCAACUAACUCUUUGCGUUAACUAAUAAGUGUUGUAAUCUGCGUUAACUAACAAAUAACUAAUAAGUGUUGUGCGGUGAAUAAAUGUUGUUUGUGUGUUAAAAUGCAAGAAAUAUAAAUGUAUAUAAAUUACAAAACAAGUCAAUUCAUGAUUCAGUUGUAGUUGAAUAAAUUCAUCAAAAAGAAAAAAAUUAAAUAUAUCAGAAGCAAACAUAAUUUAAAUAUGUUGUUUUCAGUACAGUACGCUGUUAAGUGUGGCUUAAAGUUAUUUAUUUGGCCGAAAGAAUAAUGUAUUCUCAUAUUAAAACGAUCAGAUUCCACUCAUAAAAAUAUCCUCUGAAAUGUGCUUACAACUCUCAAAACACAAACUGCUAGCAGGUGAAAAGUCUAAAAAUUGUUUCUAGGAUAUAUAAAAUAAGAAUAUAAAAUUAGUAUUCAUAACACGUAUGUAAUCGUUGGCUUAAGCAAAAUGAUGUUGCUAGAAUUAACAUUUAAAAACUAAGCCAAUUUCUGAUCCAUUUCAUGCGCAAAAAAAUAUCCACUUUAAAGCAUAUUGAAAUGCUCAUAGAAAUUAAAAUUAGCUUCAAAAAGGUCGAAACUUCAAUAUUUACCCGCAUUCAACUAAAUUUUUAACUGCAAUUUACCAUGAAAAGUUUGGAAUAUUUGCAAUAUAUGUAAAUGUCUAUAACGUUAGACGUGUUUAUUUAUGAAUUUUCAAGUACUUGCAACAAAAAAUUUCAAACUUCGUAGAUAAUAGAUUAAGUUCGAAUGUAGAGCAUAAAUUUCAUGUCUGUUUGAUUUACCAAAAAAUGUUUAAAUAUGGCUUCAUAAUGAGAUCUUAAAAUAUUUAAAACAUUAAGUUGUAUUCAAAUGUUUUCUCUUUCAGCGUAAAAUUUACUA